UUUAAAAAUUAACUAGAGAAAAAAAAAAAACAUUGCCCUAGAAUUAAAAAUCGCACUACUGGGGAUCUUUUCGAAUUCAGUUUUCGUCGUUCAAAUCUGGAAACGAUACUUGCAGAAGAAUGGAAGCUCUCUACGCCAAGCUCUACGACAAAUACACCAAACUCAAGAAGAAGAAAUUCUCCGAAUUCAAUGACAUUAACAAGGAAAAUGAAGAGAAGUUCCUAAACUUUGUUUCAGCCUCGGAGGAGUUGAUGCAGCAUUUGAGAAAUGAAAAUCAGAAUUUGCUGGAGACAGUGGAGAAGAUGAGAAAUGAAAUGGAAUCGAUCAGGUCUGACAGGGACGACAAGUGUCAAGAGUAUCAAAAUCUUCUCAAGGAAGAAGAAGAAAAGAACCAAGCACUUUCUGAAGAAGUUGUCAAGCUUAAAGAACUGCUCCAAGAGGGACAUCCUCGCAACACCAAAGAUCAAAGUGGAAGAAAAGAGACAAAUACUCCUGAAACUGCUCGAGUUACAACAAGAAGCAUGAGAAAACGUAGCAGACUGUCAGAAGAUGUUGAGGAAGCGGACAUAGUAUCACCUCACAUUAGCAAACAUCAUAAGGCAAAGGAAACUCUCUUGGUUUCUCAGCCACAAUGCUGCAAAACAGCCUACAACGGAUCAAGUAGUUCUGCUAGUUGUACAUUUCAAGCUCUUGGCGAGCACUUGCUAGGAAUGAAAUUAUCAACUAAUAAUGAAGGCCAACACGUCUGCAUUGUAGCCUCUCACCCAACAACUGGUUUGUCCUUCAGCCUAACUUUUAUAAAUAACUCAACUGGUGAAGAAUCUGAGCUGCUCUACAACGUUUUAUCGCUCGGAACAUUCCAAAGAGUGGCACCAGAAUGGAUGAGAGAUGUUAUAAAGUUCAGCACAAGUAUGUGUCCCGUGUUCUUUGCAAGAGUCUCUAAAGUCAUUAAGCUCUAUUGUUGAUUAGCACCGUAUGCACGCCUCCUUCCCUUAUCUUGUAGUCAUCUCUGAUGGAUUCUUAGUGUGAUGUUUUGCAAUAGUCUGAAAAGUUAGGGAAGUUAUCAUGUAUCUAUAGAAAUGUGUCUCUCGUCAACUUUGGGAUUGGUUUCAAAGAUAGUGUCCUUUUGAUGAAUCCAAUUGUAACAAGAUCUUGAUUUGUCCAUUGCUCUCAACACCACCCUUUUCUUUUGUAGAUCUCAUGAAUCUCUGAUCAAUUGUGCA